AUGGCACCUCCUGGGCCUGUCUACCCACAGGGUCCCAUCACCCAGUUUCCCGCCAAAGAUCUGCGACACGCUCGUCGUUUCAUCACAUCGCACAAUACCAAAGGCGAGGGCACCUUUCUGGCGGACGACGAUGGUGCUCAUCACCGUGUGAUGGUAAAUGGUAAUGCCGUAGCCAACAUCAUCUAUAGCACCAAUGCCAACCCCAUCGACAUGAAUAACGAUAAGGAUUUAGUUUAUGCGAGGGAUAACGAGGUACGUAUUUCUAAUUACAUUCACAUAUAUCUAUAUCCUGGCAUCCAUGUCCCUAACGGUAGUGUGGCGCGUCUAAUCGACUUCGCACCAGGAGUUGAAUCGCCACUCCACCGCGCCAUGUCCCUCGACUAUGGGGUUGUCAUCGAAGGCACCUUUAAGCUCACACUUGAUAGCGGUGAGAAGAGGAUCAUGUACCCAGGUGACAUAAGCGUAAACCGGGGUGCUAUGCAUAAAUGGCGUAAUUGUGAUGAACAGCGAAGCGGGCGCAUGCUUUUCAUCCUAUUAGACGUGAAGCCACUUAUAGUUGGGGGCAAAGUGCUUAGUGAGGACUUGGGCGACUUGGCGGGGGAGUAUGCUGGUCUAGGAUAG